AUGCAAAUAAAAGUUAAACAGAAUGCUGAUGGUAAGGCUAACAAAAUGUUUAUUGCUCAAUUGGAAAAUGACAUGUUGCAGAUAAAAGAGGGGAAAAUGCCAUAUUUUAAUAUGACAGAAGAUAAUAAGAGUUACCCUUUAAAAAUGAGGAUGAUAAUUUAUGGCAUGUUAUUAGCUAAUGUUCCAACAGGUAACAUUCGAUUCUUAAUUUCAAAAAUUGGGCAAUAUUUAGGUGUUAACUUUACAGAUAUUCCUCAUCGUUCUACUAUUGAGCAAAUGGCUCGUGAGCUUGGCUGUAUAGCAGAACUGCAAGCAGCAGAAUGGGCUAUGAGUAAUUCUCAUCUUACUCUUGGAUUUGAUGCAACAACACAAGAAGGUGUUCAUAUCAACACAGUUCAUCUGACUUCUAUAAAUAACUGUCAGGUCAUUGCGCUGGACCAAUUACCAGGUGGAACAGCUGUUGAUUAUGAAAACCAAAUUUGUGUUGCAGUUGAUCAUUUAGCUUUUAUUUAUUCAAAUUUUCAUUCGUUUCCCUUUAAUGAAUGUCGUAGUAGAAUCAUAUCAAAUAUAUCCAACACAAUGUCUGACAGAGUAGCGGUUAACCAUUUAACCAUUUCCAAAAUUUGUAAUACCUGGGGGAAGAAUUUGAACGAAUUAAAUUGUCAUUUGCAUCCUCUAGAAACAAUUGCCAUUUCAUGUCGCGAAACCUUGAAAUCUCUAGAACUUGAACCUUGCAAGUUGUUUGGAUAUGAUUGUGUGGCAGUCAAAAUUGUGUUAGCAAUGAAUAAGAUGAGGUUUAAAGAUGGCAAAGGUGAUCUACAAGGUUUUGUAAAUUUUUUAGACAAUAACCAACUACCGCGAGGUAUUAUUCCGCGGUAUCGUGGAAACCGUCUGCACAUUCUUUUCCACACUUGUUUCAUUUUUAUUAAACACUAUACUGCUUUUCUACUUUAUCUGACCACUGGAACAAUAAAAUGUUUCAGCUUGCUACCAAUUCUGCUAGAAGCAUUUUGUAAUAAAACCGCUAUAAAACAAAUGGGAGUGCUAGCAUUAUUUAGUAAACUUCUCAGUGGACCAUGGAUGACUAAGUUUUAUGUAUCAGCUGAUGAUGCCAGUUUUGAUCAUGUCACUGGUAUCCAGGUAGUAAAAGAUGUUCUAAAAGAAGUUACUAAGUGCAAGUCUGAUCCAGCUGCACUAUUUUGCAGAGAAAUUGAUUUUUUUGGAACAACGCUUGCCCCAGAUAUUUUACAAUCUAUUACAACUUUAUGCCCCAUUGAUGACGAACUUUUAAAAAUGACUUCAGCUUGUCUUAAUGCAGUUGAUGAAGUAUUGACUCGUCAAUAUAAAAGAUAUUUCUCCCUUUCUAUUACAGCAGCACUCAAAAAGGAGACAGCAAGUGCAAGGCUUCACAAUAUAGACAGCGAAGAAUUAAUGGGUAUGUUUAGUGAUGCCAAAGGACGAUGCCCUAAUGCAACAAUUUGUUAUAUAUCUAGCAAAUUAAGAUCUAAAAAGAAUAGGACGAUCGAUUACCUUGAUAAUCUGGAUGAGUUGUCUAGAGAAAAAGUAGUUAAAUGGUCUAUUUGCAUAGCCGGUAAAAAAAGAAUGAAAACACGACUACUACAUAAUGAAAUUAGAGCAGAGAUUACUGGUAGACUGGGUUGUAAACGCCAAAAAAUGGACGAAAAACAAAAAAGAAAGUUAGAGCGUGAGCUUUGUAUUUUAACUACCAGUGAAAUGAUGCAUAAAUAUAAACACUUAUCUGCAAAACAACUUGAAGAUUUAGAUGAUGUUAUGUCAGAGAGAAUUGUUGGCAGAAAACUUGGUCAUGAGUGGUAUGAUGCUGACAAUUCAAAAUCUGUCAUUUAUGAUGGUAGAGUCGAAAAGGUGAAAAUGAGAUUACAAGAAAGAAUUUACACUAUUUCUUACUGGAAAAAAGAUGAGACAGAUAUGGAAGCUGUUGAAUAUAUGAUGAAAAAAAUACAACUUGCUGCUGAUGUUAUAACAGGAGAAUUAAUAUUUUCUUAAAUGGAAUAUAAAUAUUAUUGGUUCAAAUAUUUAUAACAAUGUAGCAUUUCACUACGAGGGUGUUAAAACGUAACAAAGACAUCAACACUUCAAUCUAAAAUAGACCACUAAUAUUUGGAAAUGGAUUGGAAGCAAAUUGGAACAAUUUUUUGUGUAUAAAGAUGACAUAUUUUAUCAGAAAAACACUCUUUCGUGUGAAAAA